CCUCCUCCGCGAGCACCUGUUCGCCAUACGUUUGAGCCUCUACAUGUCACUCCAGUUGGUGGAGACUCGGAUGAUGGCAUUGACUGGACACGAUUUGCUUAUUUCACAGAGUCAGGAGAUGGUACAUGGGCAGAGAGUUUCACCAAGCUGUUGGCAUUCAAACAGACCCAGUACGACAAAGUCCUGAGCUUGGAUUCGGACGCGACGAUCUUGAAGUCUCUUGACGAGCUCUUCCUUCUGCCAGACCAUGCCGUGGCAGCACCGCAUGCAUACUGGCUUCCUGAACCUGACACAAUCUCGUCGGCGGUUCUACUGAUCAAACCGUCGAUGCAUGAAUUCAAGCGUGUGUUCAAGGCCAUGUACAAUCGCUCGAAUGCAAGCGAGUUUUAUGAUAUGGAAGUGAUAAACGACGUUUACGCUGGAGAGGCGAUGAUCUUGGCAAAAGACCACUGGGUCGUAUCUGGAGAGUUUCGACUGAAAUCUCACCACAAGUAUCUGGAUGAAGGCGAAACCUGGGAUCCGGACAGAGUUUUGAAUGAGACGAAACUCGUUCACUUCUCAGACUGGCCGCGCCCAAAGCCAUGGUUCCCUGUAACCGAAGAUAUUUACCACAGAACAGUACCAGUCUGUGACACUAUGCCGGGUUCAGCGCACAAGGACUGUCGUAACCGGGAUGCAUGGAAUUGGCUGUACAAAGAUUUCGAAGAGCGCAGA